AAGGAUGAGGGCAAAGACAGGAAUAGGAUAGGAUUGACCAUUGCCUUGGCGGCAUUUGAGAAACGACGCCGCAGCAACCUGACAUGAAAUGAUCAUUGCGCAUGCGGAUGUACUUGCAUUCCAUGGUUCAGCCCGGAGAAAAGUUCGUUGACUGCAAUCACCAAAAAUAAUCGGGAGAGACAAAUUUAUAUAUUUGAUUUGGUUGGCCGCUGUAACGUUCGUGUUACCUUGCUCCUAAUCACAUCUUACAACAACCGUAUCCUCCUCCUGCAACUAAUUCGAACUCUUCCCACGGCUGUAUCGUUCAUUUUCAUCUGCGUGUUGAGUUUGAUAGGAUAUUGCAGCCAAUAUUUUCCCGGCAAGGGUUUUUGGUACUGGAUUUCUUCUUUUUGCCGUUUAUUACCGUUCGAGCCAACCCCUUGUUUUCUAAUGGCGUCGAGUUUCGAUCGAUGGGAAAAAGAUCCUUUCUUUGCGGCGGCUGAAGAGGUUCAGGAAUCUGCAGACAGGAUGGAAUCUACUUAUCGGACAUGGACGCACGCCAAAGAUGAUGCUUCCAAUAGGUGGGACUCUGAGGAACUUCGCCGAGAUCUGCAAACUUCCCUCGGCACUGCAAAAUGGCAGCUAGAGGAAUUUGAGCGGGCAGUUAGUACAAGUUAUGGCAAAAGUUCAAGUGAUGAGGCACGGAAUAGGCACCAAGAUUUUAUUGCUGCCAUUCAGGAAAAAGUUAGAAAAGUUGAGCAGUCGUUGCAGGAAUCCAUUGUCUCAGAUGGCAAGGCAUUGCUACCUUGGGUGCGUCUGAAUGAAGGUGAAAGGAAUGAGCUUGCAUUAUUUCUUUCAGGAAUGCCAGCUAAUGAAGGCAAAACCCCUAGAAAAGAUAAAGUUAGGGACAGUGAAUGUCAACAAUUAUGUGAUAAAGAUUCGGAUAGUAUUUCAAAAAAUCUACUUUCUUCUGAAUGGAAUCCCUUGGAAACAAAGGAAGAGAGUUCGCAUGGGCAUCGUAGGAUAGCCAGUGCUAGUGCCGAUUUUAGUUCAUGGAAGAUUGCAGUGUCUGAUGAUGUCCAACCAUAUAGUUCUUCCAACAGAUCUUUUGGUCCUGUGCAUAAGGUUCCCAGUUUUUCAGGAUUUUUUAAUUCCAUGGAAUCUGUUUCUAAGAUCAAGUGGCCAAAGAAUGCAUUUAGAAAACUGAAAGCAGCGGAUAAUAACCAAGGAGCCCAUAGUGCAUUGCUGCCAUCGUCAGAAUUGAACAGGCAGGGCAUCAGUGUGUGCUAUGAAAGAAGUAAGAGUUACCUUGAUAGUUAUGAUAAGUGCUAUGACAAGCAAUUAUAUGGGUGGUAUGGGGCUAUACAAAGACAGCUUCAAAGGUCCCAGUACCUAAUGCAAUACAGUCGACCUGUUCUAAUACUUUUCUGGAUGGUUCUUUCCCUUAGCUUGAUUGUUUUAGUUGCAUUCCGUGCAGUUUAGAGAGAAGAUUUGGUCCAUUUGGGUACAUCUUCAAUCAGUUUGUAAUUGGCGGCAGCAUGGAGGAUAACGAGUCUGUUAGUACCAGUCCAUAUAAUCCAUGGUGAGAGAGAGGUUCUCUGAUUCUCACGCCAAGAGGGUCAAUAUUCAUUAAAAUUCGUUUCAACUGCUUUGAGAUUAGUGUGCAGAAUUACUACCUCACCAUUUCAUCCUGAUUUUGUUGCAUUUCUUCGCUUUCUUUUCUCUCUAAUUUCUGAGGUGUCCACGAAUAUAGUUUUCUGUUGUACUAUCGUAGGAUAGAGAUGACAUAUUGGCGUGCUACAUGUUGCAAUUGUAAUGCUUUGGAACGAUUCCC